GGCUUUUUGCAUUUUCCCAUCAGACCACUUUCUGACGAUCUCCGACCCCCCCGAUCCUGCUGCAGGGUUCCACUCACUUCCACAUCGACUGUCUGCUAACACCAUCGCUACGACACCAUGCAGUGCUGUACCUCGCUAGACAUGGCUCCAGCUGCUCUCUUGGGUACUUCAGGCAGUGAGUGCAUCGCAUGAGCCUCACCUUCAAGUGUUCUAGGGUGAUACUGGUGGUAAGCACUGUUAUCUAUCUCAGUCGAACCCACCUUCUUCUACUGCUGUACCACCAACCAUGACUUGCAACACUGCUACCUCCUUCAGCUAGUCGUAGUACCCAAGGUAGGUUCUUACAACCUUCACGGGCACGGGGUCGUCCCAUCAUACGACUCGAGCCCGAAACUAAGCCCCAAGCCCAAGCUGGGCCACUGGGCUGGUUCAAGUUGGCUGCAGUGCCUGACAGUGUCUUGCCUGUAGUGCAGGGCUGGAGGAAGAAACCCGGAACGCGCCCCAUCGAUCUUCGAUCCGCACAUGCCACACCCGGCCUUGCCAUGCACGCCAUGCCCGGGGCGCGUUUUGAUUUCCGGAUCUCGCCUUUUCAUAUAUACAAGUGUCGUUGUAACACUGCUGGUGCUCCGGGAUGGAAUUCUCUACUAACGGUUUGAAAAUCGCCUUUGACGAAAUCACCUUGAACAACAUCUACAAUAUACCACCACCACCACCAAAGACAGGAGUUGGGUUUACUUCCCAUCCUCAUCGCUAUCGCCACCACCAUCAUCAUCAGUACAGCAAUCAAUUAACCCACCAACUAACCGACCACCCUGACUCGACUUGAUCGAAUUACUCCCAAUUCAAUAUCAUACUUUAUUGUUAUAAAGUCCAAUUGGACUUCAUCAAACAAAACUCCUACACCAUAUCCUCUAUCUCAAUACACUGUUCUAUGCUAUCAGUCACUAACCCCGACAUUGAUCUCAUUGACCGCCCAGAGACACCAGCACACCCGGCAUCAGUCACAACAACUCCGGAAGGCCAGCAACAAGAACCGCAACAGCAAUGGCCGGGCGGUAGCGGCAGCGGCCUAGACUUCUCCUUUGAUCCAGUUCCAGAGUCACUACAACAGACAGCCGUCCGGUUAACGUGGCUGGCGUCAUGGAAGCUGCAGCAGGAGUACGAACUCAUUGAACCCGACUUGCCAAAAGUCAUAGGUCACAUUGCGGUAUGGACCAGUGCCAGCCACUGUGUUGACUCCAGCAGCACGACCGAUGACGGUCAAGUCGACGGCGUUGUCACAGCCAUUGACUCGGAAGAACUUGGGCCGCAGCAACAACAACAGCAACAGCAGCAGCAGGACGUUCUGCCGUCCACCGAGGAUCCCUUUGUCUUGGACGGGACGGAAUCUCAAUCUGAUUCCGACUCUGAAGACUCCGACUCUAUAUCCGAGCAUAAUGAUGCACUAUUCAGCACCGAAGCCAACUCUGGCUCCAAUAAUCCAGAAGGUCUACCUUUAUUCCCACCCGAGGAAGAAGACGCAGCGCUAGCCAUGCUCGAAAACCCAGCCGACUUACAACAACAUCAAACUCCGAAUUCCGUGUCCGUCAAAGAAGUGAAUCUGCAAGAUUCGCUAGAUCCUUUUUCGGAUGAUGAAGAAGAGGGGAAUUAUUCGUCCUCAGGCUACGAAAAAGACAAUGACAGCGAGGAUGAUAUGACGAAAAACCCCAAUGACACCUGGAGCAGUGACGGAGAAACAUAUUGCUCAUCCGACUAUGAUGACAAUGACGACGACGAGGAGGAGGAAGAAAAAGAAACGCGAAAAGGGGAGCUCGAACAGGAUAUUGCUGACUGUCGGUGCUACAGCAGCAGCGCCAACGACAGCAACAAAUGGCCCGGUAAUAAUGACACAUUCGUCGUCGUCGACGACCUAACGAAGAGGAAGGAAGAGAAUGAAAUGUGGGAGAGGUAUACGAACCUGGGACCCAUACCGCCGCGGCAAACGGUGUGUUUUUGAUGGUUGAUCUGAUAUGGUCUUUGCCACUAUUCCAUCGCUACUGUUACAGCGGACCAAUCUGGUUUUUGAGUUGAGUCGAUUUGACUCGACUAGAUUGGAAUCUGAUCAAAUCGCACAUUUACGAGUGGAGAAUCCACACUCUACUAUCAUUGUCUACAAGGGCUGGCACCCGGGCUCAUAGAGAGAGCCUCGGACAAUAACACAAUGAUUAUCAUUGGAUGAAUUGUCAUUAUCAUUGCGAUGAAUUGCUACGCAAGCAUGAGCAUAUGGCUGGACUGGACUGGACAGGACUGGAAUGAACAAGCGCUUCAGCUCCCACGUCCAGUGGUUCAAUUGUGACUUGGGGACAUGCACCAUCGGAUCAGACCAGACCGCAACCAGUACUACCAACGGCGCCCAGAAAUUCUACGCCGAACCAGUGGCCUCCAAAAAGAUCUCUUCUCCAGCACAAGGGUACAUAGAAACGCAGUCAGGGAAACCGGCCAAAUGCACGCAGGCACUGGGAUGAGUCGGAAAUGUCAAUAUGCGGCGUGCCCCAAACAGACUCAUCGAGGCACGCCUGUGACUAUAUGAUUCUGAUUUGACUAUCGCCUUGAGCGCGAGGGUGAGCACGAGCAUGACAGGUUGAGCCAUCAUGCCGUUCAAGGUGUACUAGUGGCCGAGAUAUCGCCGCCGACGAGUCUAGAUUAACUCAAUCACCAGUUGACCUUUGUAGGCACCUGGGUGGUAGCUCAAAUUCAAAGUCACUCCAAUUUAAUAAUCGCGUUUGCACUG